CUGUGCCCAGCCCGGCCCGGGGCACGGCCGGGGCCGCAGCCUGUGCCCAGCCCGGCCGGGGGCGGCCUGCGCCGCUGAAAGAGAGACAAAGAAAAUAAACUGCUUUUGACAUGUUCUUCAGAAAACCCAGUUCUGUCUGAUAGGGUCUUUCCAAACAUGCUUCACUGAAAUGGAGGAUCUCGGGAAGUCGAAAGAAAGUGGCUGGAAGAAGCAUCUGCUGUCUCCAGAGAUGCCUCCAAGCUGGACACCGCUGGCAGCGGACUUGAAGGCAGCGGCGGCCGCUCUCUCCCGAGUCCGGCCGGGCACCUGCAGGGAGGGCGGGCUCCCGCUGCCAUUGGCCUGGCGCCGCUUCCCGCCUCCUUUGAAAGCUCGGGAAGGGCGGGCGGCAGCCGUGCCUCGGCAGUCGGGCAGCAGGGCCGGGCCGGCAGGGGAGCGCUGGGCCAGCGCAGGAUGCCGCAGGUUUGUUGUUAUGCAGGACUUGCAAGCAGCUCUUACCAGAUUAGUUCAAGACCCUGUCAUGGAAGCUGCUCCUCAGAGAUUCACCCCUGAGCUCUACACUUCAGCCUCUCAUCUGCAUGGAUGGACUUGUGGGUUUGGGUGUGAAGUGUAGCCUUGAACAGAAUUUUAUUUUAAAGGACGCAUUACUACUUAGGAGAAUUGGAAGAGUGGUGGGAGGGGAGAUUACAGUGGCAGUAAAGAAAGCUGUGAGGUUCCAGCCGACCUCUUUGGUUCAGCACUACAGAUGAUUCAGCUCUAGAAGAAAGAUUUGUCUUCACAAAUUCCUUUGAAAGCACAAUGGAUGCAUUUUAGAGUUCUACAGAAGUCAUCUAGGAACAAGAACAUUGGACUUUGAGGAAUAACAGAGUUCAGAGAGCCCAGAAAUUGGUCAUUAAUAAAGCCCCUUUGGCCAUACAGCUUGGAAAUGAGUACCAUUGAGACGGCAAAGCUUGAAGAGCACAUGGAGGGUCAGCCAAAUGGGACUUCUAAUGGCUACUCACGACCUACUCUCUCAGUCAGUGAAGAGAACAAAAAUGGCGCUAGCAAACCAAAGGGCUUGUCUAAUGGCUUGCGAAAAACAGCAAAGAAAUAUCCUGAUUACAUCCAGAUUGCUAUGCCUGCUGAAUCUAGGAACAAAUUUCCUCUGGAAUGGUGGAAAACAGGCAUUGCCUUUGUCUAUGCUCUCUUCAACUUGAUUUUAACAACUGUCAUGAUCACUGUGGUCCAUGAGAGAGUACCUCCAAAGGAGCUAAGCCCUCCCUUGCCUGACAAAUUUUUUGAUUACAUUGAUCGUGUGAAAUGGGCCUUUUCUGUAUCAGAAAUAAAUGGAAUGAUACUACUUGGAUUAUGGAUAUUCCAGUGGUUGUUUCUUAGAUACAAAUCAAUAGUGGGACGCAGGUUCUUUUUUAUAAUAGGAACUUUGUAUCUGUACCGCUGUGUUACCAUGUACGUUACCACCUUACCUGUGCCUGGAAUGCAUUUUCAGUGUGCGCCAAAGUUGAAUGGAGACUCUCAGGCAAAGGUUCAGAGAAUCCUGCGACUGAUUUCUGGUGGUGGUCUGUCCAUAACUGGAUCACACAUCCUGUGUGGAGACUUCCUAUUUAGUGGACACACUGUAGUAUUAACGCUGGUCUAUCUGUUCAUCAAAGAGUAUUCACCGCGACAUUUCUGGUGGUAUCACUUAAUCUGCUGGCUGAUGAGCGCUGCUGGCAUCAUUUGUAUCCUGGUUGCUCAUGAACACUAUACCGUAGAUGUCAUCAUUGCCUACUAUAUCACUACACGGCUCUUCUGGUGGUACCACUCCAUGGCUAAUGAAAAGACUUUAAAGGUGUCUUCGCAGACAAAUUUUCUCUCUCGAGCAUGGUGGUAUCCAAUAUUUUAUUUCUUCGAGAAGAAUGUGCAAGGCUCUGUUCCUUGCAGUUUUUCCUGGCCAAUAUCUUGGCCUCCCAGCUGCUUCAAAUCUUCAUGCAAAAAGUAUUCACGGGUUCAGAAGACAGGAGAGGACAAUGAAAAAUCUACCUGAAGAAAAGAAUCUGCUCUGGUUUCUUCAUUUUUGGUGGUUUUUUUUUGGGUUUUUUUUUUUGUUGUUUGUUUAUUUGUUUUUGUUUUGGUGGGUUUUUUUUACCAAAACAUUAAUGCUGUAACCAAAGUUCUUAAGAAGACUGUAACUGAAGAAGUGGACCAAGCUUCUGUGCAAUUGAUGGAAAGACAGUUGUAGACACAUAUAUUGCAUUCCAGAUGUUUUCCUCUCAUCUGGCUGUAGAGACCUAUUCUACUCUUCAGUGCUAAUGAAAUGCACCACUGAUGGGGUUUUUUUAUUAAAGAAAAAACAGAGAAGGACUGUGCUUUAUUAAUGAGAUAGAGGUGCCAAAGACCACAAUAACACUUCCAUUACUAUCACUCAUCCACAGAAGCACCCAAAAGUCUCAUCUUCAGAGCUCUGGAGUGCGUAAGGGCAAAAACAUGCUAACAUGUAUAGGCACGAUAUUGGCUUAUUGAGGUGUAAAAAAAAAUAACACAGUUGUGGGAAGUGGUUUGUUGCAUUAUUCUUGCUAAUGAAGGUAAGGCCUUUGUGUGUCUGGUACAGCUGGAAGCAAGUAUGACUUUUUUACACACUGUGGGUAUGAAUAUCUUAGGACCCUAAAAUACUACUUACCACCAUUAACUCCCAUGUAUUCUGCUAUAUACCAAUUUUUACAUUUUUAUUAGUAAUUUUAUAUUUAAACAGUUGUGUUACCUGAUGAAUUUGCAAAUUAGAAACAGCUACUAGCAUCAGAGCUCAAGGAGCCUAAAAUUUUAUUUUUAGUAAGAGACACAGUUUCAACAUCUGAAUCUUGAAUUACAGCUGGCCUUGUCUAUAUAGCUAUACAGUGCCUGUCAGCGUAUAUAGAUGCAGAUAUACACAAAAGCACAUACCUUAAACAAAAAUUAUUUACUGGGAAGAGUAAUCCUAGAGUUCUUGAUGCAGGCAGAAGUUGUACAGCUCUCACCUGCUUGAGGAAUGCAAGGCCAGGUCCAGAAUGGGGCUACAUUUAAAAUAAACAUUUUAAUUUUAGUAGCAAUCUCUUGCUGAAGCUAUGUAGUAGGUUUGCUUGGGAGCCAUAGUUCUCUACUGAAUUUCUUUUUUUUUGCCUUUUACCUCUUGACAUAUGUUUCUGUGACUUACUUUAAAAAAAACAACCAAACAGAAAAGUGCUAAGAUGAAAUAUCUGCAACAGCAGCAUUUCUUCAAUUACAAUGUAAGAUAAUUUCAUAUUAAUUGACACUGUGGUAGAACUCAAAAAUACAUUACCUUUUUGUCCCAGGGUUUCAGUCCAGCUAAAAUGGCUAUCUAAAAAAGUUGGCUGAGAAUGGGGGAAACUACCAUGGGGUGAACAUGUAACAAAACCACAGAUUAACAGCUACCUGUUUCUUGUUGGUUUAUGUUGUUUUGUAUUGUUGUGAAAGCAAAGUAGAAAAUUAGCGCACCGUGUUUAGCCAUUAAUAUUCUGUAUUAAUUUCUGCAGUUAACUCAAUAUUAUUUUCAGAUAUUCACUAAAACUUAAUGAAAAUAGAAAACUGCAUUGUGUUGAGGUAAUAUUAAUAUAAACAAAAUGCUGCAUAUUUUAAGAAUGUCUUGAACUGAGUGACAAGUGUGAACACAAUUUAAAUAAUGACAACUUGUUUUUAAAAAGUCCAAAGUUAGUUAUAAAAUGAAAUACAGAGUAUUCAAAUAUAAUAAUUUUCAGUUAAGGGGAUAAUUUCUCUGAGUUGUACAUGAGAAUACUUUUAUGCAUUUCAAAUAUUUUUGUGCAUUAUCAAAAUAAUACAAUAAAAAGUGUUCCUUUCAAUACAUUUUUGGAAAAACUUAGUUAAGAAGAAAAUUCAGCUGCGGUUUGGUUUUGUUAUUUAAAAUGAGUUUAGUAGACUCUGAUAAUGUGCCCCUGAAGUUGUGUGUAUAUGGGCAUAUCUGUGCUUUCAUUUGCUUGCUUCUAGCAGACCUUGGGCAGCUACAAAGCCAGUAUCAAAAAACUUUUGAAAAUCCUUUUUCUCUAUCAUAUAAAUGAAUCUGUUCAACACUAGUCAGUAGAUCUCCUGAGAUACUUGUUAUAUCAGUACUACUUCAUAGAUCAUAAUUUUUAAAGCUAAAAUCUAAGCUUUGUGAUACCUUAAACAUAGUCACGUUAAUCCACUUGUAGUGAUACUAUCUUUUAGGAGUUAUGAAUGGAUUUCAUUAGUAGUCACUGUGCCUUGAAAAUAGCACGAUGAAAGGCAUUACCUGAGGAGCUUAAGCAGUGGUUUUCAUCUGGUGGCUGAAAAAUAAACACUUUGACAGUGGGAUUUCUGUAAUAGAUCUGCAAAGCAGGCUUUCUUCAUGCAGAAUGAGGUAUUUGGGGUUUUUUACACUUAUCACUUUGACGUUUUUUUCUUUCAGAAACAGGAAUGAAAUAGAACCAAGUAAAGACUCUGCUUUUGUUGGGCUAUGUGAGCUUUCAUUCUACUGCUGAAUUUGAUAGAAACUUCUAUUGUAGUACAACAAGAAAGUUUAAGUAGCAGCUCUAGCUCAAAAUAUGUGAUUCCUGUUCUGACUCAGUCUGCCCUUAAGUACUUAAUAUUUAUCCACUGUAUGAAAGCUCUAAAAGGGAUAUGUAUGUGUUUAAUUAGCAGAAAGCCCCAAUUUUCUAUGCUCUCAAUAGCAUUUAAGUGCUUUUACAAACUUCGAUGGUAUAGCUGUAUUUGACAACUCUUUAGACCUAUAUGUAAGGUGAUAAAAUGGGUAAGUAAUGGUAUAUUCUAGUUCUUACUGUUAUAGUAGUUUAUCCAAUACAAACCACAACUGCUAUGUAAAAAUUAAUAAUUGUAACAUCUUGGUGAUCGUUGUAUACAAAUACCAUGAAGCUUAAAGUAUAGUUUCAUCAUAAGAAGCAAGAGAUUGCAGUAAGUAAAAAGGAGAAAUUUGGACUUCCCUUGGGCCUACCAUCAAGUGGUUGGUAUAUUAUUUGGUCUGUAUAUGCCCAAUACUUUACAGUGUGUCACUAAUUAUUUUUUCCUAGUUACAGUAAUAUUUCUGAGGUGUCACAUGAGCUGCCCCUUUCCUGUGACUAUAACAUGCUCCUCUUGACUGAAGAGCAUUUACAUGUUGAACUUUACAGACACUUAAUAAAAAAAACCCACUACAUUUGUAGACCUGACCCAUCAGUAUCACUUAAAUGCUGGUGGGCUUUCUUAAAAUGCCUAACGUAAAUUUAAAUCUGGAUUUUAAAUGUUAAUUUGAACAUUUAAAGAAAUGUGCUGCUAAGUGGUCAUGCUACAGAUGCUUUCUCCUAAUGCCAUAAAUGGUUAACGUCUACUUGAAAGCCCUUUAAAUGGACACCUUUUUCAGUACGUGCUUAGCACUCCCAUGUGGACAUAAAUGGUACUAACUGUUAGUCAUCCUUCGCUGCUGUUUUUUGGAAAGAUCGCCACAGGUGGCGUAGUAGCAAAAAUUGCUGUGCUAAACAUUGCAAGUACUGGACUUGCUGCCCUCCUUAAAAAAAAAAAAAAACAAACUGGUUGGGAGAGAAGGAAACGAAAAAAAGUUUGUUAAAAUACACUACCUUCAUGUAAUAGAGAAAUAAAGCUCAGCAACAGAGACAGAACUGGGAAGUCUUAAAAGAGAUGAGAGACCAUUCUCUUAAUUGGAUUAUUGCAAAUCUGCUUACUAGGGUCUUAGAUCAGAAUCUGUUCAAUCUCUGGCUUUCUCCUAUCAGUAGUAUCUGGCUAGACAGUUUAUCCUAAGUUGGUUGGUACUAACCCAAAUUCUUUUCCUCAUUUGAUUAGAUGGGAUUUACUGUUCUAGAGACGGAUCCAUUAGCUUCAGUGCAAGGUGAAGUCUUUCCAUUCACUUUAAAUGACCUUUCCCAUAUCUCUAUGUUGGUUUUUGUUUGUUUGCAGGAUUUUUUUUCUUUGUUAGUGGGGUUUUUGUGUUCUGUGGUUUUGGUUUUGUUGGUUUUAGUUUUUUUUUAAAUGCAUAAAUCUUGAAUCUUAAAGAUUCAUGGGCUUAUUUUGAAAAUGGGUCCAAGCUGCUAGAUGGACUAGAACCAUUUUGCCUUACUGGCAGAUGUAAUAGUUGUAAAACUCCAUUGUCAUCUUGAUAUUUUACAAUAUGCAUGUUUUGGACUUAUCUAGAACUCUUAUAUUGGCACACAAAAUUAGAGUAAUGCUAUGAGAUUGAACACUUCUGUUUUAAAGUGUUCUAUUCCAGGCAUUGUAAAAUCAAUGUCUUAAAUUCAGUUACUGUUAAUAGGGAUCUUAAAAGUAAAUACUCCUAAUAGGCAUCAUUCAAAUGAGUAUUGCUGCUUAAAUACACAUGAGAAAAAUAUCCUAGCAUGCCAUUCAAGUAACUUUGCUUAUAAGUAAGCUUUUAUGUGCUAUUCUGUGAUGCUUCUCAGAUUCCAGAGAAAAGUGCUAUGAAACAGGGAAUAGAGACAAAGGCAUUUGUUGUAGUAUUUAUAAGGAAAAGGAAGGAAGAUGAAAACACUGAAGUAGGUAGUGAUCAUAUAUUGUUUUUUGCAUGAAAUUGAGCUAAAACUACACAUAACUUGCAAAAAGUGUAGAUUUAAAUUGUGUAGUAGUUCUGAAAAAAAAAAAAAAAAAAACCCAGACCUAUAAGGAAGCAGCAGCACAUCAUUCUGUGGUACAGCUGUGUAUCUGUGCUGGCUCUCAUCCAUAACUUAGAGUAUAAAAACAAAACUCAACUCAGUGAGAAAUUGGAGAUUAAAGUACUUAAAUAUUAUUAGCAGUCUUUUAUAAAAAAGUUGUUCCUACAAGCUGUCACUAAUAGUUUCUAAGACAAGAAUGAAGUGCUGCAAUACUUAAAACAUACUGAAGCUUUUUUCUAGUUGGCUUCAGUUUCCAUGGAUUUAACCAUAUGAUUAAAUCUUAUUAACCUAGAAAGCAGCACAUGCCAGGCUGGAUAUAGGUAGCUCAUGUACUGCAAGGAAACUUUCCAGUUCUGAACUCAUUUUUCCUAACUAGACACUCAAUGCCUGAAUGAUUUUUUAAAGAUGAAGUAACAAUGCUGUGCAGUCUCUAAUGUGUAUAUGAAGUACUGUUGUUGAGGACUCCUUUCUACUGUAAAUCAGUGAUUAAAAACCCACAAAGGUUUGAUUUGUUUUUCAGUGAAAUUUUUUUAAUUGCAAAGAACUUGGAGUUGAGCAAAUAGCUAGCUCUUUUUCUGUGGCUCUUGGCUGUGUACUAACCUUUAAGAUGCAAACUAGGUAGGAAGAGAGGGCUGACCUCUUCUUACUGGGAGGGGCCGUGUGUCUUUUUGAAUUAAAAUUAUAUUGGCUGCGUGUUAUGUGCAGUCUUAUCUGUACUACAGUUGAAAAAAGAUGCUGUAUUCUACUAUUAUAGUUAGUGUCUGCACUUUUUAAAAUGAUUCUGUAGUGGUUGACCCAGUCCUUGUGCUGGAUGCGGAGUGAGUGUUUUUGUCCUUUACUAGCUGUCUGUAUGGUUAAAUAUAACUGGUUUUAGUUCUGGUAAAUGUCAAUGGAAAAAUUACAGAUCCCUUGGAUACAGUACCUAAGGUGGUUUAAGGUGUCUGUGCAUGGGUUUCUUCUAUGAGAAAUAGUCUUCUUUCAAGCUGUGCCUAAAAAAUAAUAAUGUUAGCUCUUGCAUUUUCUCUCAGCAUAAUACAGUCUUUAGGAGGUUAGCAUUUGUGACACUGCAAAGAAUUACUACAGAAGAAUCUCCUUUGUGCCAAUUGAGUUCAAUUUUCACAAAGUAUCUUUGAAAUAUGUUUGAAGAUGACUUUUUUUUUAACUAAGAGAAAAAGUGGUCAGAAAUGAGUCUGAAAUAAAAGCAUCUCGAGCAGUUGGGGUCAGGCAUCACACAGGCACAUGAGUGUGGAAAGGGUUUUUCUGGCAUAAGCAAUACUGGAUUCAGUACACAGCAACUUCCCGAGGAAGGCAAACCAGAUUGUACUUGUACAAUACAGAUGGCUGUGAGCCAUCUUUACCUAUCCUUUUGAGCUUCUUUUGGACUGACAGUGUAGUACUAAGCUGGCAAUAGCUUAAAAGUGAAGGUCACUUACAAAUCAAAACUAUAAAUGGGGCUGAAAAGGCAGAUCUCUGUAAAACCAGUCAUCAGAGAGCUGCAUUCCAAUUCAACGGAGCAUACAAUUGGGUGUUACUUCAGGUGUGAGUUGCAUUUAAGAUGAGUGGUACUGUUUGCUUUCUAAAUUUUUUUUUCAUUAAAGAUGGCAGGUGUGCUGAGAAUACCAAGAGGAAAUUUAUCUCCCUGCUUACUUUUACCUCUGCCAUUGAAGUGUUUGUGUAUGAACCUUAAAAAAUAUGACUGAACUCCAACCCCUCUUACAUUUUGAGUAACUUAGAAGUGCUUUGUUACUUCUGUAAAAACUGGGUUUGCAUUCCACUUGUUUCAGUUUGUUGCCACUCAAAAUGCUGCUUAUGCUGAAGCCUGUUCUGCUUUGGAGUCCUGCCUAACUACCUCUGCUUCUACUAAUUGUAUUUUCUAAAUGGCUCAAUACAGAAGAGUAGGAUUUGCAUUUGAGAAGGCUUCAUCAUUAACCCUAAAGCCAAAGGCAUUCCUGUCAGACACAUCCUUGCACAAUUAGUACUUGAAAAUAAUUUCAAGUUUCAAAACUUAACAUGCUAGGAUGUACUUCUUUUCCCUCAGGAAUCAAAUCUUGCUUCUUAAAUGUUUAGCACAUUUGUUUGUGUUGAUUUUUGUGAUUCAGGAGAGCAUGUGUGAGAUGUGAAACAGGUUCUGCUAGCUUUUGAGGUCAGGGUUAUACCAAGGAACCUGAAAGUAAAAGCAGAAAUAAUGGUUUGGUGGCUGUGGUUCUCAUGUUUUCCGUGUGACUUUGAAAACCCUCAAGACUUCCCUAAAAACAGCACAGGACCUCACUUUGGCUGCAACAUGGUUUCAUCCUUGUCAGCUGACAGCUUUUCUUGCAUGACCUCCUAGGUUGGAUCCUGGGAAUCCAUAGCUCUGUAUGUCAAUUGGAGCUGUAUAUCCAACCUUGGAAAAACUAGGGAAGAAAAGACAUUGGCUGCUGAGGGAUCCUCCAAGGAAUAGAAGCAUGCUGUAAUGUGUGCAUGAUAAGAAGCUGAUAAGAUGGCAUUGUUCUGUAGCUUCAGGGUCCUGUUCUGCAAACACUAUGCAGCAGACUACUACAGUAACAAACUGAGAAACCUUUGGUGCUGUAGUAUCUACUGAUCUUUGGUGUUAUUUUCAUAUAAAUUCUUCACAAGUAGCAAGAGUUGGCUUUUAUGUUAUAAAACUUCCAGGAUGACACUCUAUAAUUGAUACUUUGUCAGGUAACUGAGUGUUAUGGUUUGCUGCGUACAUGCAACAGGUACUAGAGCUAGAGUUGUGAUUUGUGCGGCAAUCUGUUCACUGUGUUAAAAAAAUACAAAUCAACUAUUGCACUAGCUGUACUUCAAAAAAAGCAAUAAUGGGAGCAUCUUGUAGCUUUUCUCUCCAGAGGUGCUUUCUGUCAUGAUCACUUCACUGUCAACUGUGAAUUUGGUAAAACAUGUUGAAGAAAUUGUCCUAUGUGGUUUACUUGGCACAUAUAAGUUGAGAUUUUUUAUCGAGAGCCUGUGUACUAAUUAAUAGAGCUGGACUAUUUGCAUAACCACCCACAUCUUUAAAAAUCAAAAAUCUUAUAUCCAUUUAUGGUGCUAAUAAUCUCAAAUAUUAUAAAGAGCUGGUAUUCUCUUUUACACAUGAACACUAAGGAAAGUUGUUGUGACACCUUUCAAUAAAAUAAAAUUUCUCUACAUUUUAAGCUUGUUCCAAAUGCUUUUUAUAUAAAUAUAAUGCUUUCCUAUUUCUGUUUUAUAUAAAAAUGGCAAAAAAAAUAGUAUUUUAAUGCAGGAAAACAUUAGGCAUGUAUAUUGUUCUAAAUUACAUGUCCAAUUCUAAAUUUUCGUACAUUUAGGGUAGCUAAUCUUCUGAAACUUAGUCUAAAAUCUAAGAAUUUCAAUAGGUAGGAUUAAGGGACAGGCUGGUAGUUUAAAUAAAAUAAUUCUCUGGCUUCAUCAUCACUGUUGAAGACUUGGGGCAGAGGGAGAGGAUAUGAAAUGGACAAAGCUGUAUUAGAAGGACACUGAUUAUGCAGUGGAGGUGUAUAUUUUGCUGAAACUUUAAAAAACCCCAAACAACUUGUGGUGGACAUGACCAUGUAACUAUCUAAAGAGAAGUGAAACAAGAUAAUUGUCAAGGCAUUUCACAGUAGGACAUUAUAAAAACAUGUGAAAGAACCUUAAACUAGAUUGCUUAGAUUGUGAAACAACAAAGUAAUUUUCUAGCUUUGUUUGAAAGCUUCACAAACAACUCUUUCUUAAGAUGAAAAACUGUCUUGUGCCUUCUGUUGCAGAAGUUAUUUUUGCCUUCCCACCUGCCUUUGGUUGUGAUUUUAUUGCAUAAAAUCUGGGCAGUGCACUUCCAGAUCUUUCCAAGAAGCAUUUUUUGGGCAACAGUACCUACACUUUCUAUCCACAGAGAAUACUGAGCCUUUAGUUCUUAUUAAAGGCCCCUUACUUGUGAUCUUACACCUGUGAAAGUAUCUGCCUGUGACAGGUAUGGCAAUCCUGCUGUAGUCAGCUCUUAGAUGAGCAUGAUGCCCUUAAUUCACCUGGACACAUGAACGUGCGGAGCGGGUGCUGUGCCCAGGUGCACUGGUGGCACUACAGCAUACCCCUCUGCUCUGAAAUGGUUGUGCCCUAAGUGGCUAUCCUUCAUAUACUAGAAUAAAUUCUCUUUAAUUACUUCCACCCAGCACUUCAAGAAGUAAAUGGGGUUCUCUAAGAUCUAUUUGAUGGAACUUCUAUAUCAGUGCAAAGAAUAUUCCAUGUUUAGAAUAACUUAAUUUAAAGCAGAAACAAGCGCACUAUCUAAGAUAAAACCAGGGCUGGAUGGGGUUUUUGUUGUGUGAAGGUGGGUAGUCUAGUAACAAUAGUCUGGAUUGUUCUCCUGCUUGUCUCUAUGCCUGCUUUUAUAGUAGGACCAUUGGAAAAGCCAAAGAUUUAACAAAGUCAUCUGUAAUAGUCCUAAGCCACAUUGAAAUACAACUUUCCUACCUUAAUUACUAGAUGCUUCAGAGAAAAUGAACUAUAUUUUUUUUUAAUUUACAAAAAAAGUGCAAUACUUACAGAACUAUUAAGAGGCAAAUGGCUGCAUGUUUCAAUGCCCUGCAAAAACAAAACCUUAAUGAGCAUGUGACAUGCACUUGGCCAAAAGUGAGUUUUUUUAGCUUUAGCUGCUGUGUUACAGAAACAUGUUUCAGUGCACUAGUGCAACUCAGAACUUCCAAAUAUUUUCAAUGUGCUUUUGACAAGGAGAGCGUUUCUUACGAAUAAAGUGCCUGUGGAAGUAAAAAUCCAAGAGUUGCAUGCAAGCUCAAAUAAAGCAUAUAAAACCACAGCCCAUACUUGAAGAGAAUGGGUACUAAGUAAGCAGCUGCAUAGAACAGCUAGUCAUUGACAGGAUUCAAAGAUUGAGUGAAGAAUAUUAUGUUGCUUUUGAGAGUUUACUGUGUUAGACUUCCAAUGUUUCUGCUUGGGCCUUAACUCUGUAACUUGGUUAUCUUUAAAGAAAAAUUAGUUCCUUUGAACUAUUCUAUUUUUAAUUUUUUUUUUUCCUGGUACUCUUUACUCUGGUGGGGAUUUUUGUUUGCUUGUUGCAUGGAGCUAUUUUUUGACCUGUUAAAAGUGGAAUCACCAUAUGCUUUGAUUCCUCAGUUAGGGGUAAAAGAGUUUGAAGAACGUUUUUUCCUUAAAUGCAGAAUUAAAGGGGGUGUGAGUUUUAUUACACUGAUGCUAGGACUGAAUAGGAAGGAUUUCCAUGGAAAGUACUGUAGUGCUAAAGCUUCUAUAUGUAGUUAUUAGGGGUAUGCAGAAUAUUAGUAAAGUACUUAGAUAUGUUUUGCUGUUAAUUUCAUACUUUAAAAAGAGUCUAUUUGGUUCUAAUUUAAAUUGCAGAAACUGAUUUUAAUGUUGCAACAGCUGUUAUUUUAACUUUAAAUAUUCACUUAUGUACUGGUAUGUUAGAGGAAAAGUUGUAUUUUAUCACUUACAAUUUUGAAAUUAAUCACAUUUUCUAUCAAAAUUAAUGUGCAAUUUAAUAUCUGGACAGCCUAGAAUUGGCCAUAUGCCACUGAAACCAAACUUUCAGCUGCAUACAUAGGGAAGGAAGGCAUUUUUUUAAUCUAGUUCAGCUUCUUGACUAGACGGAGAAGGAAGUGAGGCUUAGAUUACUCUUGUACAAAGAAAACAGGCAAAAACCAUAAUGUGUUUCAGCUGUGCUGAAUACAUUAGCUUCUUAUUUUCACAAUACAGAACUUAAACUUUUCUGGAGACUCAGAUUUAAAAUAUCUUUAGUUCAGCUAAACUUUCAUCUGGUUUUAUAUAUUUUUUCUAAUAGAUGCAUUUUUUUGUAUACAUUGUAACUAGCUGCUGAAUUUCUGCCAAAUAUGGACAAAAUAAAAGCUGUAUUCUAUUCUGCCACUCAAAAUCUGUUCUUAGUUUUAUCUCUUUUGUUCAAUCCAUGGCUGGUAAAAUGUUCACUUGCUGUUUAGAUUAAAGAGACAGUUGCCUUAAUUGCUCAGAGGAAAACUGACCUUGACCAUUUAAAGCUUUAUGUAUUUCUGAAAUUGCUGUAACUUCUGUAUAAUUGCAAUAAAACCUUUUUAAUACAGUUCAGCCAUUA